GUAGGAUUGGUAACGUCCUCAACCCGGAAGUCUAAUUUAGUAACGUUUGUCCGGGCGUUUAGCCUUAAAUCUGGACGUUUUGUCUUUAUGUGAUGGGCAGGCAGGGUGAUGGAGUCUGGGCGUACAUCAGCUUAUGGCAAUAACACAAACGUAGAUUUUACACAAAGCACUGACGAUGACCCUCUUAUUGAUGGACCACUGGUUUCCCAAGAUGCACUCGAGUCCGUGAUAAAGAGAGAGUUUCAGAAAUUACCCACUCAUUGGGCAGUGAGUGUCAUCUCAUUUUUACAUGUAGUUUAUGUGGUUUUGUGCAUUGUAAUCACAGUAUUUUGCUGGAUAUCUGAUGAGCACACUACUGAGUGCACUGCAGCACUGCAGGGCAUCGACUCCAAGACUGUGAUCCUACUGGGAAAAGUUGCACUCUGGGUGAUGGUUUUUAUAUAUGAUAGAUUUGUCCAGCAUCACCAUGGCACAGUGAGACGGAGAGGUUAUCUGGACUUCUACAGACUGACCCGCAGAAUAAGAAACCUUCCACUGCUCAUUCACUCUGCAGGUAAUGCACUGAUCUUGACUGUAAUUGCUUCGUCUUCUCUGCUGGAUGCAAACGUGAAGAAUCUUUCUGUGUAUCUUCUGUUGGCCGUCAUCUGUCUGGAGCUACUGCUGUCCGUCAUCUUCUUGCUUAGAUAUGCAGUACAUGUGGUGAAGUUUAAUAACAAGAAGCCACAUCCUGAUGUGACUGAAGAAGAACGAUCUCAUGGCUGCUCCAGCGAAGGACAUACAGAGACUGGCUUCAGGGACGGCUCCAGUCUGGAGGAUGUGGUGGAAAAGCAGGCGGACUUGAUUGAUUAUCUGAAACAACACAACAGCGUUCUGAGCAGGAGGAUCCUCGCGCUGACCGCUCAGCAGAUCAGAGGCUGACACAUGCAAACAGAGAGAGUGACUCAGGUCUGUUUGUGCGUAUGAUGUGGUUUGAAGCCUUGCGUGCGAGUGUGUGUGAGUGUGUGUGUGAGCGCGUCUAUCUUGACUGGCAUCGGCAGGCAUGGCUCACUGAUCAGAAGGCUUUUGGUGGGAGACGAACCCUGGUAACCUCUCUAACGACGCUCUCGCGUUUCCAUGACGACAAGUCUGAGAAGACAAUGGCUGCAAUUAGGAAGUCAAAAACCUGCCACAGAAAUGUUCAGUAAAGAUGCUCAUUAUGAGUUGAGGAUAGCGAGAUCUAAUGAAACUUAAAGCUUUAUAAUGUAACUUGGCUUUUUUGUUCAUGUCUAUUGUUAAAGCUAUAGUACUUUAUUUGGUUUCUUUAGUGCAUUUAUUGGUAUUUUUUCUUGUGGAUCAGUGCUGUUUUUGUGUGUCAGAAAUAUGUUAGAAGUAUGUAUGUGUACAUGGCUGUUCUCAAAUCAUGAUCUUUUUAGUCCUAUGAAGAUGUCUUGAACUACUGUGAUUUUAUGUAUAAUAAUGUGAAUAAAAUUAUCAAAACUUUUUUGGAAUAAAA